CCAAACCAGAAGAAAAAACUUUCUUCAUGUGAUAUUUAUAGAUGAUUUGAAUUUAAAAUGACUUUGAUUUCUUAACCUUUUAUUGUCUUAAUAAAAAUACUCUCGAGUUAGGAACACGGCUGGUUCCAGUCUUAUGACAGUAUGUUUAAUGAGGCCCUGUAAAAGAUGAGGAGUUGUCCCUGAGGUUAUGGGGCUUACCGGGAAGAGCACAUGUUCUAGGUUUGAAGACGGAAGACUUAGGCUUUAUCUUGGCAGACGUAAUGUGUGAAUUUGAUCUUGAUUUCACAUCUCUGAAUCUCACUUUCCUUAUUUGUAAAAUGGAAAUAGAUUAUGAGUAGUACUAGCUGCCACGAAGGUCGUCGCGUUCUCCUCAUCCUUUAUCAUACCCCGCAAGAUAGUUGCUCUUACCUCCUUACCUCCUUUUGACAGAGGAGGAAACUGAAUUUCAGAAAGGGUCUACCAGUUACCUAAGGUUACGUUGCUAGAAACAGUUGAAGUGAGGAUUUGAACUCAGUUUUUCUGUCUCCAAAGUCAGCUGAAAAUUAUUUUUUCCCACUCAUCAUGCCCCUUGUUAAUUUCCCUGCCUACCUCUGAGAUUAUUGGGAAGAUCAAAUUAGACUGGCGAAUGGGCUUUGGAAAAUGUCAUAAAAGACACAAACAUGUAAUAGAUCAUGAAUUCUCAGUGAAACAGGAGCAUAAACAGAAGCUCCAGAGAAAUGCAAACUUCUGUCUGGUGCAUAUUAUCUGUCUGUUUAAAUGAAGUGAGUAUCACAUGUUGUGUUUUCAGAUCCAAGCUCUGAAAGUCAUAUUACAGAGGAAUGAUUUCCUUCCUCCGGAUAAAAAUUGACAGGAAUUUGGAGGAAAAUAUUUCAGUGGUAAUUACUAAAACGCUCAGAGUCAGAUACAUUCAGCAUCAUACUGUAAGUCCUGUUAGUCAAAGCAUAAACAAGCGUAGGGCCUGGGGUGGCUUCCUUCAAGUAGGCUGACUCAGUCUGGGAGGAUUCACUUAGCAAGAAGCAGAGAGGAACCAAAGCAGGAUGAAGACGUUGCCCGUGCUCGUCCUGGCUCUUACCUUACUAACUGUCUUCUCAGAGACCUCCCCGAUUUUGACGGAGAAGCAGGCCAAACAGCUGCUAAGAUCUCGGCGACAGGAUAGACCACGCAAACCCGGAUUCCCUGACGAGCCAAUGCGGGAGUACAUGCAUCACCUGCUCGCCCUGGAGCACCGCGCUGAGGAGCAGUUCCUGGAGCACUGGCUGAACCCUCACUGCAAACCCCAUUGUGACAGGAACAGGGUUCAUCCUGUGUAAGGGGCUUGGGACCAGCCUCGCAAGCAUUUUAAUAGGCAACAACCCGGAUAAUGUUGAAACAAGACAAGGCUGCUUCUUUCAUUUUUUUUUAAAUUGUGGAAAUGGAUGUCUUCAGACCUUGUGAACUGUGGGCAUGUCAAAGGUUGUCUUGGAAAUAGCAAAUAUAUAUACUGCUUCAUUUUGCUAACCUGCAUAAAUCACUAAAACCAAUAGCUGAAAACAUAGACACUUUCCAAAGGUCUUCCCAUCAGUUUGUAAGAGUGGGAAGAACCAGAAUCUUACCUGGGGCUGAUGGAGCUGGAACCCCCAGACCAGGAGUUGGGGCAGGCUGCCUGCCCUAAAGAAUUUGGGGAAGCCUUGUUCAGAGUAGUGAAGCAUACCACUUGGGGUUGCUGAGUUGUUUUGUCAUCUAUUUUUUUCUUCUUCUUUUCUGCCCUAAUAAACAUGGAUAUUAAAUUUAA